CAGGCUCAUUACCUGUGAAACCUGCCGACGUGAUGGUGGUGUGCAUGGAACUCGGCUGACGGACCACCACACCUUACUGAGCCCUGCCGCGGCCAUGGAGGUCCACCCUGGAGUUUGGCUUAUUGCCCUGCUGCUGCACCUGAAGAUCUGGGGGUCCACAGGGGUCACCGGUCCGGAGACCAACAGUGUGGGCAGUCAAGCACCUGAAACGUCGAGGGGUGACCUGGAGGAGGCGCUGCAGGAGCAGGGCUACUACCUGCACCAGCUCUUCCUACAGUAUGGCAACAAUGGCACAUUGUCCUUUGAGGGUCUGCACCGCCUGCUGGCCAGUUUGGGUCUGGGGGCCGUGAAUGUCCUGGAGAUUCACCAUGAGAGCGUCGGCCAUGACCACGUGUCCCACCUGGAUGCCCUGGAGCUGCAGGAGGGCAAGCACAGCCACUCACAUCCAGCCGAGGAGCACAAGAAGCAGAUGGUCAAAGAGCCCACCUUGAGGGGCAGCACUCCUGCCCCCGGUCUAGACAGAGAGAAGCCCACCAUGGAUCCACACCAGGUGAGGGGCCGUGCUGCAGGUCACCUCAGUGAAGGUCCGCGCCUGAGCCAUCCACUGGUGAACCAUCUGCACGAAAACUGUCUCAAUGUGUCUCAGCUCCUGGAGAACUUUGGCUUGGGCGAGGAGAAUGCCAUCACCCCGGGCGAGUUCACCUUCCUAUGUCCCGCCCUCCUGUACCAGAUUGACAGCCGCGUCUGCAUCCGCCAUAAUGACGAGGUGAAGAGCCGGCCAGCAGAUGGCGCUGCCUCGUUACUCAUAGCCUUGACUUGGGGCAGCCUGGCCGUCACCGUGAUCAGCGUGCCGCCCCUGCUGGCCAUCGUCCUGGUGCCGCUCCUGAGGCGACGCAUUCUGGAGACGCUGCUGGCCUUCCUGGUGGCGCUGGCGGUGGGGACGCUCUGUGGGGACGCCCUGCUGCACCUCCUGCCUCACGCCCAAGCAGGAGGACACAGUGGUGGCGACUUGGACCUCGAGGACUCUGUGCUAAAGGGACUGUGCGUGCUGGCGGGCAUCUACAUCCUUUUUGCCAUCGAGUGCCUGAUGGGGCUGAUUCGGAGCUGCAGGCAGCGCCCAGGGCCCCCGGCACAGGAGCAGGGUCAUUCCCCAGGACCACCGGAGGGGCUGGAGCUGAUGGAGAGCCGUGGCUCACCGGGUCCACGUACAGGCAGCGGUACCUGGGGUGACGGCACCCACGGCCACUCACAUGGCAGCAGCAUGGUCAGCCUGGCAUGGAUGGUGAUGGUCGGUGAUGGAGUGCACAACCUGACGGACGGGCUGGCCAUAGGAGCCGCUUUUUCUCUGAGUGUGUCUGGAGGGCUGAGCACCGCCAUCGCCGUGUUUUGUCAUGAACUCCCCCACGAGCUCGGGGACCUGGCAAUGCUGCUGCAUGCGGGCCUCUCAUGGAGACGGGCACUGCUCUUCAAUCUUGUUUCAGCUCUGCUGAGCUUCGUGGGCAUGCUGGCUGGGGUGUUCAUCGCUUCUCACUCCUCCGGAUUCACCUUGUGGGUCUUUUCUGCCACUGCUGGUGUAUUUCUUUAUGUGGCUCUGGUCAACAUGGCACCGGAGAUGCUUCACGGAAAAUUCAGCACAAAGGGAACGCACUGGAAUGUCGUGCUGCAGCUGCUGGGCCUGCUGUGUGGGGGCACCAUUAUGCUCUUCAUUGCGCUCUUUGAGGAGAAGCUGGUCUUAAAUUGGUGAGGUGGUGCCCUCAGCUGGCAGAGUCUGAUACCCUGAAUAACUUGCCGCUGCCGUAUCACAAGACUUGAAAUGUCACAUGUCACAGGAGCCAAACGCCACCUACUGGACUGGUGUGGGGGGAUGCAGGCCAUUAGCAAGAGAGGUGAGCAGACUCUGCAGCAUCCCCACCACCCAUCACAGACAGAUGAGAGCACAGAGACUGACCCUGGGGGAUAAAGGGACGAGCCUAAGCCCCAAAAGAUGUUAACGGGCAAGAAAAACCCACAUAAGAGAGAACGGGAGCAGCAGAGUGU